AUGCUCAAACAAAAAUUAGAACUCUUAACUAAAGAAUUCACCACUCUCAAAACUAAAAUCACUACUAAACUCCAAUCCCAACAACAAACGAUUACCGAAAAUAACGCUAAACUCACUGAAAGCAACCGUAAAUUAGAAACCACUCUCAAAGAAAACUCGGAAAAUGAGAAAGUAUUGGAACAAUUACUGAAAGAAUUUCAAGAAUUAAAUUUUCCUCAACCAUUAUUUCAGGCUUGUUCGGCUUGGCUCAGUUUAGUACUAGAUCCCCAAAAAGUACCUUGUUUGACAAUUGACUUUGGGCUUAAACCGCUUGUUCUUCAUAGUAUAUUUUCUUCUUUACUAAUUGGUUUACCUUCAAAAAACUUUCUUCAAUCUUCAUCCUAUCGAAUGCUGGCAACAAAAGAUAUUAACUGUUCUUUGUCUGCGGCGCUGGCAAUUUCUGUUCGUUCAUCAUCUCUGAGUACGAUAUUACGACCGCUUUUAUUAUCAAUUCACGGAUUUCCUUCAUCGUCUAAAAAGAGAGCUA